UUCUUAAAUCAUAAAUACUGGAGAAAACAUAGAUCACACUAGGAUAACUUAUUUCUUUUUGUUUGUCCUCUCAGUGCGUCUGGCCUCUCCAGGAAGCGCCUCUGACCACUGCGCAUGCGCCGUAGAUUACACCUCACCUUUUCCGCCAACAUCACUUUCGUAUUUACUUCCCUUUUAUAAUCACUGAAUGUGUUUUACCGACUAUCUAGUUAUUAUAUCGACCCUUAACACUCUCCUCUUUCCUCUUUGCUGUCAAAAUGUGAACGCGGAUCAGACUGCGGCUGAUUUCGACUCAUUCAUGGAGCAGUUCGGCCGCAGGUCCGAGGUCAGCGGCGAGGAGCGUCACCGCCGCAGUCUGUAUGUCCAGGAUGCUGCAAAGCGGCAUGCAUACCUUAACGCAUUCUUCAAAGUACCACAGUCUGCCAAGUAUGGCAUUAACCGGUUCUCUGACCUCUCCCAGCAGGAAUUCAGAGAUCUCUACCUGCGAGCCAGUGCAGACAGAGCUCCUCUCUUCUCUGGACUGAAGACAGAGGGGCUCCCAGACAAAUUUGACUGGAGGGACAAAGCAGUGGUGGCACCGGUCCAGAACCAAGAAGCAUGUGGGAGUUGUUGGGCGUUUAGCGUGGUCGGUGCCACACAGUCCGUCCGUGCUAUAGGAGGCUCGCAGCUGGAGCAGCUCAGUGUGCAGCAGGUUCUGGACUGCUCCUUCCAAAAUGGAGGCUGCAAUGGAGGCUCCACAUCCCAGGCCCUGAAUUGGUUAAAGCAAACCAGAGUGAAAUUGGUGCCUCAGUCAGAGUAUCCCUACAAGGCCAAGACUGGAAUCUGCCAUUUUUUCUCUCAGUCACAUGGCGGUGUUGCUGUGAAGAACUUCACUGCACAUGACUUCAGUGGUCAAGAGGAGGCAAUGAUGGGUCAUCUGGUGGAGCGCGGUCCCUUGGCUGCUAUCGUGGAUGCUGUCAGCUGGCAGGAUUACCUGGGCGGAAUCAUCCAGCACCACUGCUCCAGCCAAUGGUCUAACCAUGCCGUCCUGGUUGUUGGAUACAACACUGUUGGGGAUAUUCCAUACUGGAUUGUGCAGAACUCUUGGGGAACCACAUGGGGAAAUGAGGGCUAUGUUUAUAUAAAAAUUGGUGGAAACGUCUGUGGUAUUGCAGAUUCUGUGGCAGCAGUUUUCCUUUGAGGAGAUCGUGUGUAUCAGUGUCAUUGUUUGUGUGAGUGUGUGUUUCUGUGUGUGUGUUCACCACUGCCAAAAAUCAAAUCAGUCAUCUGUUUGCCUUCAAGAGUCACUUUAAAUAAGGUUUUUAUUGAAAUGUCACCUGAUAAAUGUAAAACAACUCGCACAACACUGCGCAACAACAAUAAUAAUAAGAUAAAUGCACAGUACAAAAAUUGUUAGAUACAUGUUUUGGGUGAUAUGGCUAGUAAAUGUAUCUAUACAUAGAUCAAUCACUGCAUAAAUACACAACAAAAUUAAUGUAACACAAUAUAGCAUACUAUACAAAACACAUUAUUAACAUUAUGUACAAAUGAUAUAGUUUGUGUUUUGAAUUUAGGAAGUGCAAAUUGUUCUAUAUAAGAUAUUGGCAUUGAUUGUUAAAACACGGGUUUAUUAAAAUUCUAUGUAUUCUAGUAUCAAUAGUCUGAAAUUGCUCCCUCGCUGACACCUCCUACAUGCGGACAUGAAAGAUAAUGCGUUUGUUAAAACCCAUCAUAGCCACCAGUUUGAUCACUGCUCUCACUGAUCCAUUUGCUUUCAGGUCAGUCACAGUGAAUUUACAUAAUUGUACUGAGAAACAUGUGAGCAAAUUUUAUCA